AUGUCUAUCAGGCUGGCCCCUCUCCCACCGCAUGGAACUGACUGGACAGACGUCAUGUCCACAGGCGAUACUCCAAUCUACCUCACAGCCAUCAUCUUCUCAAUCCUGGCUUGGUUCUCCUGGCUUCUCUGUAUAGCCCCCCUGGUAUGGCACUUCUCACAGCGGAACGUCGCUGCCGGCUCGCUCGUCCUUUGGAUCAUUCUCACAAACUUCUCUCUCGGCAUCAAUCCUAUCAUAUGGCCUCGUGACAAUGUUGAAGAGUGGUGGAACGGCAAUGUUUGGUGCGACAUCAACGUGCGGAUCCAGGUUGGAGGCCAGGUCGGUUUAGCGGCGUCCAUGGUCAUGAUUCUAAGGAAGCUCGCCAAGGUCAUGGACACUCGAAAUAUCACUGUUGCAUCGAGCAGGAGCAGCAAGCUCAGGGAACAGCUCAUCGAGUUUGCCUGGUGCUGGUGCUACCCGUUAGUUCUGAUUCUGCUCUACAUCCCCGUUCAGUCAGUCCGCUACAACGUCUGGGGCAUUGAAGGUUGCAUAGCUGCAUACCGUCCGACGUGGCAGAGCCUGGUGUUGAGCGCUAUGUGGGUACCGAUCACCAUGACCGUCGCUGUCUACUACGCAGUACUCUUGUUCAUCCGCCUCUUCCGCUACCGACGCGAGUUCUCUCGCCUCGUCAUGGCCCGCAACAGCACCAAGUCUCGCUUCAUCCGCCUCUUCCUCAUCUGCAUCAUCAUGACCUUCAUCGUCGUGCCGUACUCAGCCUACCCAUUCUACUACUUUUGCUCGCAGCUGGCCAGCUUCAAGUGGGACUACGAGUGGGAGCGACUCAAUGGCGACAAGAAGAACAUCAUCCUCAAAUUCCCAUCUGAAGGCAAAGUGCACGUCGACAAAUGGGGCCAAGUCGUCCUGGGCUACGUUGUCUUUUUGAUUUUCGGCACCGGCACGGAUGCGUACAAUACUUACAAGAAGAUGCUCCUCGCUCUUGGUCUGGGCAAGGUCUUCCCGAGCUUGUACAUCAUGCGCAAGAGCGGCACCAGCACACGAAGUAGCUUCGUCUCAGCGCGCACUUGGACCUCGACGUACGUGAGCAAGGCGAAGAGCUAUUUCUUCAAGGGAAGUUCGAGCCUGAGCUCCUUCGGCGGUAGCACGUUCAACAACAGCGUGCGCAGCAAGUCCGUUGUGCUCGAGAGCGUGGACAAUGCUAAGCUCCACUCCAUCUCGUCGACCGCUCCCGUCCUACCUGGACGCACGUCAGCCCCAACCAACACAUCCCUCCUCGGGCGUCUCUUCACCCGUGGCGGUAACCGCCAGCCCAUACUUCCCACGUUCUCGCAUGGCUCAACAACAUCCACAGCUAAUGGCGAGAAGGCGGUUGUGGAAUCUGUACCUGAAGGCUUUUCGGCACGGGCCUGGGCUUCCGAGGCGCCCUCCUCGAGGCGUAACAGCGAGUCGGUGGGCGUCACUGUGUUUCGCGAAGUGCACCUCGAUGAGGAGGUCAGGGAGAGCACGGAGAGGAAGUCGGCAGAUGAGUGGAUGCUGAGGCCGUAG